AUGGAGGAGGUGAUGGAGGAGGUGAUGGAGGAGGUGACGGAGGAGGUGAUGGAGGAGGUGACGGAGGAGGUGUUGGAGGAGGUGAUGGAGGAGGUGAUGGAGGAGGUGUUGGAGGAGGUGAUGGAGGAGGUGAUGGAGGAGGUGUUGGAGGAGGUGAUGGAGGAGGUGUUGGAGGAGGUGUUGGAGGAGGUGAUGGAGGAGGUGAUGGAGGAGAUCCUCAACCGAAGAGAAAACCCAACACAGCUACAGUAUGUACAGUUACAGCACUUUGCAUAG